AUGGACAAAUCUGUUGAGGAGAAGGAUGUAAUAUCAUCAGAAAACCUCAAAAAAUAUGUAAAUCAACUAGAGAAGCGUAUCUAUAAGAACCAGCAAGAUCGAAUUACCCACCCAAACGAUCCAGAAAGAUGGGUAAAAUCUGAAGUGGAUCUAGAAGAACAUAUUUCUCUAUUUAGAGACCUAUCCACUAUGCCAGAAUUGUACGAUGAGUUCCUCAAUCUCGGCGGUUUGAAAUUUCUCUCUGAAUUGUUAUCACAUCCAAACAUAGACAUAUUUAUAUCCUCAAUAAACGUGCUGGCAGAACUACUAGACCCUGAAAUUAUAUAUACCCUGAAGAAUCAUGAAGCCAUAAUAGCAGAAAUUGAGGCACUAAAAAUACAAAAUUUGUGUAUAAAUAGCCUGUUUAAAAUAGAUGAAGAUCAUGAUGAAAUUGAUUACCAGGGUGUAAAGAGUUCAUUUGAACUGUUAGAGAAUUUGAUCGAACUCACACCAAAUAUUUUGGAAGAAAUGAGUAUAAACAGCGAAUUUUUACUUUUUCUAGUAAAAAGAAUGAAUAACAGGAAAACAAUGGAAUAUGAUGCAAACAGAAUACAUGCAAGUGAAAUACUUUCCAUUUUGUUGCAUGGAUCGGAGGAUUCCCUGGAAAUUUUUGGAAAAAAAGAUGUAAUUGAUGGGAUAGAUAAACUAUUAAGGAUAAUCGCAAUCUAUAGAAAGAGAGAUCCAGAUAGUAUUGAAGAAGAGGAACUCGUGGAAAAUGCUUUCCAAUGCCUUUGCAGGCUCAUGCUUAUAUCUAGCAAUCAAAUACGCUUUGGGAAAAUUCAGGGGGUAGAACUUGCAAUCCGUUUAGUCCGUCAAAGAAGACAAACAUAUAGGUUGGCUCUGAAAUUAUUGGACUAUUCUCUCCUUGAUUCUCCAGAAAACUGCACAACAUUUGUUCAGCUCACUGGAUUAAAGUGCAUUUUUAGUGUAUUAAUGCGUAAGGGUGUAACCACCAAAAUUGGAUCGGAUCAAGAGAGAGAAGAUGACGAGCAUGUCAUUAGCGUAAUACAAUCGUUAUGUUCCAAUUGUACUGGAAUAGAACUUGCUCGAGUCAUGAAUAAGUUUGUAGAACACAAACAUGAGAAACUGGAAAGAUUGAUAGAAAUGCACGAAAAAUAUGUUGACAUAUCAAAAACUAUGUUAAAGAGCGUAGGAAAUAGUAAAGAUCAUGCAGGAUCCUUGUAUAACGCUCUUAACAUGAACGAAGGGGAACAGAAUUACCUAAAUAAGUACGAAGCUGGACUGUCAACAUGUCAAUUGAUCGACUGUGUUUUAAUUCGGAUAUAUAACAUGGGAAAUAAGAACUUAUCUUUGUGUCUGUUACUAUUAUUGCACAACAAAGGAGUGAAGAUUCAGGAUAUAUACAACAACGUUUCAGGUUUGUCAUACGCGCUUGUCUCAAAAUACUCAGACUACCUGGACCACCUUUCUGAAGAAGCCAAGGAUACAAAGGAUCAUGUUGAGGGUCUUUUGAAGAACUUUCUAGUCGGAGCAAGUGAUACUGGAAUGUUUUCUUGA